AUGGGGGAGGGUAAUGGAGGUGGCAAUGGUGGUGGUAGUGGUAGUGGAAGGUCACGGUGGCGAUGGUGGUGGUGGUGUAAAGUGAUAGUGGAAGGUGGCAACGACAAUGCUGGUGUUGGUGGAAGGCAUAGGCAAGUACUCUCGCUCCAAGAUGUACCCGAGGUCUCUGGGCCAUCAAGGCCAAACAUGGCGACGCUCCCUCGCCACCACAAGAAACCCGCCGAGAAGCCACCAAAGUUCUACUCCGCAGACAAUGUCAAAAAGCCCCUUGUCAACAAGGACCCAAACCCACCGAGCCAAGGGAAGAGAGUUGUGUUCUUGAAACAACUUACUGGACAAGAUCUUUCAAGUCCAAACGGAGGUAAUGGGGAUCUUGAAGAGAAGGAUAAUCAUCCAGCCCAAAAUGAGACUGAAGUGGAACAAAGCCAGGAAAAGACAAAGAAAGUUACCCAUCUCGACUUGCAGAUCAAGGAUCUCAAGGGGAAAAUGGAAGAUGUAAUGCAGGCUAUGAAAGGGAAAGGUCCUGCUGCCGUAGAUGACCUGAAUGCUUUCGUUGGGGGUAGACAGAUUCUGGAUUCCGCUCUUAUUGCUAGCGAAUGUGUGGAUUCUAGACUUCGUAGUGGGACUCCCGGUGUUCUGUGCAAGCUGGAUAUUGAGAAAGCCUAUGAUCAUGUUUGCUGGAAUUUCCUGUUCUAUCUGUUGGAGAGGAUGGGUUUUGGUGAGAGAUGGAGGAAGUGGAUUGUUUCUUGUGUUUCCACUGUCAGGUUUUCGGUGUUGGUGAAUGGCUCUCCUUCGGGAUUCUUUGGCAGUUCUCGUGGGUUGAGACAGGGGGACCCUCUCUCCCCUUUUCUUUUUAUUAUUGUUAUGGAGGCCCUUAGCAGGCUGAUGAGAAGGGCGGUGGAUUUGGGUUUUCUUAGGGGUUUCAAGAUUGGCCUUGAAUCAGUUCAGCAGUUGGAGAUCUCUCAUUUACUUUUUGCGGAUGACACUAUUGCUGUUUCUGGUUUGAAAGUUAACGUGGGAAAGAGUGUGAUUGUUCCUGUGGGGGAAGUUCAGGAGGUGGACACUCUGGCUGCUGUUCUAGGAUGUGGGACGCAACGCUUUCCCAUCUCGUACUUGGGUUUGUCGCUGGGGGACUCGGCUAGGAGGGUGGGAAGUUGGAACCCGGUGAUUGAGCGGGUCGAGAGAAGAUUAGCGGGUUGGAAAAAACAAUAUCUGUCAAAGGGCGGUAAAGUUACGUUAGUGAAGAGCACUUUGUCAAGCCUUCCAACAUACUUUCUUUCGCUUUUUCGUAUUCCAGCCUCUAUUGUUGGAAGAAUAGAAAUGCUCCAACGUAAUUUCCUUUGGGGGGUCGCGGAGAAGAGUUCAAGUAUCAUCUUGUCAAAUGGGAACAGGUUUGCAGGCCUAUUCGGUUGGGAGGGCUUGGAAUUAGGAGAUUGGCCACUUUCAAUUGUGCUCUUCUUGGUAAGUGGCUUUGGAGAUUUGGUAAGGAAAGACAUAGAUUAUGGAGAAAGGUUAUCUCAUAUCGCUUUGGGGAGGAGAGAGGAGGGUGGUCAGCUGGAUCAGUCAGGUCUGUUGGCGGAGUGGGGGCUUUUUAGGAUUGCUGUUGACAAACAUGCAAUGGUUACUGACUAUUAUCGCCUUGAUAGUGGAAGGUUGUCUUGGGAUGUGCGUUUUCGGCGAGCUUUUCAGAAUUGGGAGCUGGAUGAUGUCACUGGGUUGUUGGCUCUUCUUUACGGACAGGAGGUGGAGGGGUCUGGGGCAGAUUCUUUGAUUUGGGCGACUUCUUCUCAGGGGAUGUUCCAGGUCCGGUCCUUUUUUGUGUGCCUUUCUGGUUUUCAUGGUACCUCAUUCCCAUGGAAGACGGUGUGGAGGUCUAAGGCGUCUCUUAGGGUGGCCUUUUUUGUGUGGACUGCAGCUUGGAGUAAGAUUUUGACGUUGGACAACUUGAGGAAGAGAAGACAUAUCAUUGUUAAUAGGUGUUGUCUUUGCAAGAUUAAUGGGGAGUCGGUGGAUCAUCUUUUGUUGCACUGUCCUGUGGCUCAUGAUUGUUGGAGUUUGAUGUUUGGCCUGUUUGGUAUUCAUUGGGUCAUGCCUCAGACAUCUUGGGAGUUGUUAGAUAUGUGGAGGGGCCAAUGGGUGGGGACUCAGGGGAGAGACUACUCCUCUCUUGAGGAGAUUGUUGACUUUAUGAGUUCUUUGAAUUCAUAG